CGCGCGGCCCAAAGUGAAUGUAAAGUUUCGAUUCUCUCCCGAAGUUCUUCGGGAGUUUGAAAGACCCGGCCGUUAUACGGGUCCGCCCGCGCGGCGUCGUUAAUCGCUUCACUAACUCCGAGAGUCGUCGUAAAAUUGCGGUUUGCUAAGAAUUUCAUUCAACACUCGAACCUGCCAAAUACGUCCCGACGUCGGAGUGUACUUGAUGAAACAGCCUCAGAAUAUAGGCGGUUUCCCGAAAGAAAGCCGAUUGCUGACGGUAAUCGUGUUCAUUGUCCGAUGAGAAUCGAUACUUAAGCCACCGAAGAUGUACUGAAUAGUGUUGUUCAGGCGAGUGUUCGCUCUGGCCAGGUACGACUGUGCCUCUAUCGUUUGCCGGAGCGAAACGAGGAGCCAAAGAGUGGCGAACCAAUAGAGGGAUGAAAACUAGUUGUUCCGUUGUUUGGCCAUAGCGGAACACCAGGGACAGAAUAACGGACUGGCCGCGUUCGGAAUCGCAUGUAUAUACGUACACCAGCCAGACAAUCCGCCAUCGAUCGAGACCAAGUAAGCUCGACGACCAAAACGACGAACUUGUUCGACCGCACGGUUCGUCCGUUUGCCCGACGUGCAGAAAUAAUCCGUUUACCCCGGAAGGUUCCGUGAUCUAUCUAUCUGUUGCGAAAGAAACGCUGAAAUUUCGCCUACGCUUUCUUCAUCUGAAGGGAUCGUUAAUUUUAUUUUUACUCAAUCUUCAACGCGAGAAGCGAAGCGUUAUUGAUAGUAAAUCUUGGAUCUUCGAGGAAAGGGUGCGAGGACAUUAAAAUCUGACGCGUUAAUUUUGGCUUCAAUCGUUUAUUAGAUACUUUAGUUGGUAAAAGUAAUUUAAUAAUCUUGAUCAUAUUGAAUGAAAUAGGUAAUUCCAUCCUGAAUACAAUUGUGGUCAAAUUUGCUGGAAUCUGUUAAAUAUAUUUAUUUACAUUAAACAUAUUUGUUUACCACAAACGAAUCAUCAUGUCAUUGACCUUGCAAGAGUCGUCGGUGAACUCCAAGUUCACCAACUUUCCAAAGCCUGGAUUCCAAAUCCAAGCUUCGCCAGAUGGUUUAGGAAUUUAAGACCGUUUUAGGAUCCUUCUUUCCUUCCUUCGAAAGGGCAAGUGGGUUAGCACUACACAAAGCAGGUUGAUCCUCCUCGCCAUUCUUCGCGCUGUCUGAUGCCAGCCUCCCUCGUUCUACUUCUCGAACCCCCGAACUCCAUUCCGGACUAGUAACUCCUCCGCGAUCCAGGAAAGAAAUGACUGUCAUGAUUAAUCCUUCAGCUUCCGCACGAUCGUCUUCCGAUAGACUCGUUGCUGCGGACGAUAAACGAUCACGCUUUAUAAUUCUAUCGUUCCACCUCGAUCACGAAUCGCAGCGAAUGCUGACAUAAUUUGAAUCCCUCUGAAGCAGAGUCGAGGCUAUUCGCUCGGUGAUCACUCGCUAUCCUUAGGCCACAGAAAUUUAUUUGUGAUGUUUCAAACAAUCUCGAAUAACAUCCUUCAAGAAAGUGCCAUGAUCGCUCCGGCAUUUCACAGCUCUCGAUAGAGAGCGAUUCCGCAUGCUGAUGACACGCGUUUGAAUCGACGACGCGCGGAUGGAAAUUUCGCAGGUGCGCUGAUCCGCUUCGAGUUCAAUUGAAUUAAUUGCAAGAAUGUAGAAUAUUCAGUACACGCAGUGCGGAAGCAACACACAUACACAUCGGUGCCAACCAGUAACAUAGCGACGGAUGGACUGGUACACUUUGUUAUUCUGGACCAUUUGAAAGUUUUAACACCCCCCCUGGCCAAACCGCCGCAGCAAAUACCUAAACGAAGCUCGGUUUUAAUCCCGCUCUCGUCAGCAACGAGAAAUUAAUUAACGACAUUUAUGGAUAGGAUAACAACGAGCACCCGCGGCGCUCUCCGAGUGGGUUAUGUUUGAUCGCGCGAAAAACCGCUCACCACAGGCCCAGGAAUCAGUUGAAAUAUUAAAACGCCGUCAUCACCAGCAACGGCAAUCUCGCGCAUUCGUUAGCCACGCGAAGGUAUUGAAUAAAUAUCGAAUUUUCGCUUUCGCUCGUGCUUUUAGGAUUCACUUUUAUUUAUGCACAUCGUUGCGAGCUCCGACGAUCGCGCGAUGCUAAUUCCGCGCUGGACAUCUGGUGCCUGAUUCAAUUCUCGCGUAAUGUCACAUUACGGGAACACGGCUGAUCGCGUCUGAAUUCCUCGUAGCGCGAUUACGCGGUUACGUGAUCAUCAUCGGUGAUUGUUUCGUCGACGGAAAUCCGCGCCGCGGGAUCCUUUGCGCGUGAACGGUGUGAAACGAGCGCUGGAGUGGUCAAGCCGGAUGCGUGCAUGUGCAUGGCGAGUUCUGAUACCUGUUGGCUCUCGGGACAGUUCCCAUCGCGGAUUGUGUUUCGUAUUAUUAAUUUUGCUAACGAGCGAACUUUACGCUUACAAAGAUAUCACACGAGCCGGCGACGCAAUGCGAUGGCGUACCGCACCGCAGGCGACGUUACCUUUUACGGUAUUUCUACGCGCGCGUUGGCGUUUCCGGAUCACCGAUGGAAUUAAUUGCUUCCGUAUAUCGCGCUCGAGGAUAAAUACACGCGAUAAAAGUGGUAUCGAUGACACGUGGGGCAAUGAGGUUUUACCUUGAAAAGAUCGCGCGCCACCCUUGUUGCGCUCCGGAUUCGCGCACGAGCCCCUUUUUGCAAACAAUUAAAAAAAAGUUGAAUUAAAACCUUUAUGCGUGGCCACGGGAUACGCAUGAUAAUUAAUUCGUGCUUAAAACGUGCUUCCGCUCGCGCGACGGCUGAAAGGCGCGUUUUCGCGACGAGCUCACACACGCGCGAGAUGCAGUAAUGUGCAAUUUAGAAUUUCAUUUAAAUGUAUCACGCAGAGCACCAGCAAAUUUUAUAAUUCACCCGGAAUAAUUGGAACGCGCGCGGAACAUUGUCCGCCAAAGAAAGUAUCAUUCGCAUAAACGUUUCUACGAGAUUUACCGUUAAAUAAUUUCCACUGAUUAUACUGCGCGAGCCGCGCAAUGUGAUUCCCAUCGAGAAGGUAUUCCAAUAAUGCUAUCUGCAUGCUCGUGAAUUGCACGUCGGUGAGAAACGUACGAAAAGGUUGACGUAUGAUAGAUCAACGCUUUGGAAAAGAAAUCGCUUACGAUGCCAAAACGAAUUCAUUAAAAGCAAUCUCUUGCGAUUCGUGAUCGUUCGAGAAUGCAAAUCAGCAGUCUCUCCUUUCUCGGGAUGAGCUCCGACGUAAAUCGAUUUUUCUAAUUGCGAUAAAGGCUACGGUUAACCAGAGGCAUUGGGUGAGAGAUUGUCUUCGCGCUGCGCGAGUUGGAGUUUAAAUCGCUAUUUUAUAAAGGGAAAGUUUUCCUUCGGCUUGAGGCGCGACAACGAGAGGCCUUCAAGGAGAACAAAGCGAAAGCACUCCGACGAGUAUUUUCGAAAGAAAGUUCUCGGGCCCCGGGAAAGAAGGAGGAUCUCGAGAAUGUCAUUUCCCAUAUAGUUCCAGGGAAAAUCUUAAAUUCCCUGAUAACUUUCUUCAAUGAAACUGCACACGAUCUUUGAUUACGAUCUCCGGCGAAAGCGUAAAGCAAGCAACGCUGAUUCCUUUGAUUCCUUUAUGAAAAACCAAACCCCUUUGAAACAUUGCGUUGCACUGAUCACUUAGCGAAUUAAUUGACGAGAGUCAUGUAACAAUGCGCAACGUGGAAAUUUAAUUACCGAAAUCUCUAUUGAGCGGUAACCAAGUCGUUUAGCUUGUUAUCGCGAGCUUCCGAAACGUCCCGACAACACGAGGACGCUUAGAGAACGAGCUGUCUUAGACUUAAUUUAAUUUAGUAUUCCAAUUAGCGCUGCUAGGUGUAUUGUAGUGUUUUUCAGUGCACUCGCAAGCCGCUGAGUAAUCUUCUUUCGGCUCUAACUCUGCUGAGCGGUCGCGUGCCGUUUAAUGAACCUGGCGCGUUGUAAACUUAGAUGGCAUAUUAAAUCUAUAAAUUUCUUCGGGUUCUCUCGUAGAAACUGCCCCAUUGAUACAGCAGUCUUGGCAAAAUUGCCGCGAUAAGACGUGCUUGAUUAUAUAAUAAUUAUCGUCGCGAGCGCGAGCGUGCGCGCGCGCGGAGAUUUCACCUCGUAAAGCGGAUUUAACAGGCGCGCUCGUGAAUCGCGCUUGUCCAGAAAUUUAUUCAUAACUUCGCUUGAUAAUAGCGCUCCGUCGACUACCAUAUCAAUUGGUCGUAAACCACCGACCGGAAGUCUAGAUACACCGACGAGCACACCUCGCUCAGCCGCUACAUGAGCUUCGUAUUACGAGCGUGAUACGUUCACGUCUACGAGUUUAACAAAAUGCAGUCGCGUAAGAUUACGCGUUUGACACCGCUCGAGGAUUUACGAGCCUACUUAUCCGUGAUGUCAAUUAAACGAAGCGGAAUCGUUCAACUUGCAACGCAACACCUCGUCAUCGACAAAUGUCGUUCGUCGCGUGGCAUUUCGCUCGCAUUUCCAGUUUCCACAAGGAACGACUCGUCUUCUCAGAAAUACAGGAGUUAAUUAGCGAUUCCGAUUGAUGAUAAACGGGAAAGGAAUACCCUCGCGAUCGUUGUAUAAGUCUCAGCCUUUCAUUCAUGAAAUUCAUGAAGGCGUUUCAUGAAUUCGUACGUGCGCGCCGUAAUUUUCCGUUCAACGCAAGGGCAUCAUCUAUAUGGGAGGACGCGAACGGCUCUUUGCGAACCACCGGAAGCGCAUACGGGAACGGGAACGGGAACGGGAACGGGAAUGACCCUGUUACGUUAACUAAUGAAACUGUGGAGCUCGAAGCGGGACGACACGCGCUCAACGUUCGACUUCCGAUCGUUCGAUUGAGCGAUAAGCGCGUACAAUGACGUUCAGAGUGUGCGCUCUCCUCGUGUACAUCCGCUGAAAAUACGCUGAAAAUACGUGCUUCGAUCACAACAAAGCACUUGAGUCGCUACGAAGAUAGAUGAGAUGCUGAGAAGGAAGGAAGCGUCACUUUAACGACGCAAAGAUUCCGCUUGGUCCCUGGUCAUAUUGGCAUGCGCUUCUGUAUCCUACAGCUAUUAGAAAUCAAUAUUGCAUGAUGUUGCCAAUAUUGCGCCAAUAGUGGCUGAUAUAUCAUACCCAGGAGAAAUCGUCCGACAAUUUUUCAAUGCUGCCUAAUGUCGCCAACUUGCGACUAUCAGAGAUCGUUUUUUUUUUCGAAAGCACCGAUGUGCAAACAUGUGCAGGGAUGUUUAAUUGAAUUUUCGAAAUUUUUGUCGAGUCUUCUCGUUGUUUAUUGAACAGCGCACAUUAUUUCGAUUAUUCUCAUCCUUAAAAUAAGCAAGCCGACCGGUACGGAAUCGCUCGCCGUGCAACGCGAAACUUUCGAGUUGUUUCCAUGCGAGGUACACGGGUAGUUCCCUCAAUCUCGGAAUUUCGGAAUCCCGGUAUCACCGUCCAUCCGUCAGUCGUUCUGCCUGUCCACCCCUUUCGCCCCCAAUGCCGGAAAAGUUUCUUCCCGCGGCUUCCUCGACAAAAUAUUCAGUAAUUUCAUGCAGAAGCCCCGGUCUUCCUGAAGUUUCGCGGAUUUGUACUCCGUAGGACCGCCGAAUUGUAGCUGCUGCAAAGGUUUUAAGUAGGGUCGGAUUAAGCAGGAAACCGCAUUCGCCUCGAGAGUUAGAAAGAAAAAGAGAGAGAGAGAGAAAGAGAAAGAGACGACCAAAUUGCGACGGACGUGAGCAACGUUCUCCAUCGUUCGUCCUCGCUUUCCUUCUGAGCUUCGCAGUUGUGCCUUUUCUCCGUGUCUGUGCUAACAGGCAAACAACCCGCAGUGUGUGUAAAGAGAGACACGUGUCAUUCCGAUAACACCUGUACGUUGUGUGCGAAUGCACGUUGUGCAAACGGCGCUUACUCGCUUCUCGCUCGUUUGCACGCCCGUUGAAUAAUUAGGCAAAUAUCCUGCGGUGCCCGAAUGUGUCACGUGCCUCGACAGCGCAUUCAAACGCACCCGUAAUGUUUCAUAAGUUUCCCGAAGAAUCGGUCGACCGGAAACACCGAGGGAGAAACCGAGGCAGUUUCCUCUCCGCGAGUAAUACUCUGAAUGACGUGCUCUCUGAAUCGAGCGGCGCGAUCGCGAACAACGUAACAACGUGUGCACUCGGCGGGAUGCAAAAACUCCUUGAAAAGUUUAAGGAAUUCCACGAGAGCGAGCGAAUUUCGCCAAAAUUCCACCGGAAAACGGUUGCCAAUCGUAAUUCAACCGGCAGUCGAUUGCACGAGCGUACCUCAUGGCGAAUUCUAUGUUUUCCUCCAUGCAGCUACGACAUCGAUCUGCGAUGUAAGGGAAUUACGAAGGAUUCGCUCCAAGCCGCCCUUAAAUUCGAAGACAAGUACUUAGGAGGGAUAAACUCGAUUGGAUCCGUGUUAGUCUCCUGAGAAACACCUUCGAGGAAACGAAGCCUGUAUAAGCGUGUGCCUCAUCCGAGCUCGGCUAAUUAGGUAGCACAGCGUGAUCGACAGUCUCUUUCUCCCCUUAUCCUUCCCUUUCUCUCUCUGUCUCUCUUCCCUAUCUCCGCUCGUGAAAGCUGUCGUUAGAUUCGAUUUUCCGUCGCUAAAUAAAAUGAGAAUCGUUUCUGCCUUCAUGCAUACUCAUAUACACACGCGUAUACACACGUACAACGCCCUUACUCCACUUACUCCACUCGACCCCGUAUCGAUAACGAAUUAAUUUAACACUUUGUUGGACUGGAAGGGACGACGAGUCCACAGAUAUACCAGGGGACGUAAUUUUAUCGAAAUUUUACGAGGAGACGUUUCUCGUCGUCCCGAGUCACCCUCCUCCCUCCUCCCUCGAAAUUUCGCGGUUCACUGAUGUGUCCGGUUGUCUCGACAACGACGAAACCGUUGCUGGUGACCCCGUCGUCGACUUCGAAAAUACGCCCUCGAAAAUUAUUGUUAGACGUCGACCCGGAUUUCGAAAUUCGAAUGCCGCGGUUUUCCGCCGGCGGAUCAAUACCGCUACGGAGAACGGACAGAGAAGAGAGCUCGUCGCACCUCUCUCGCACGUACAUCGGACAUUUUACAUUCUUGCCGCGACGACAGUUACGUAGAGACGUUAAAAUAAAAGGCAACUUUUAUGUAUUUUUUCGAUGCUCCUUUUCCAGGGGGAUCAAAUUAGGUCAUAUAUACGAAUUGCACUGUCACAUCUAUGUAUGGCUAUUAAAAAGGAAGAAAAAGAGGGCAGCUAUUCGUAAAUCUCCGAUUUAUGUAGCAAAUUUUCGGAGGGACGUUUUACGGCUUCAUAUCGGUAUCGACCGAUCGGACUGCCUGAUUAUCAGAUGGAGGCGACAUAAAACUGAAAAGGAAAGGGCGAUGUGCGGUGGUGUGCGUGAUACGGGAGAUUCGUACAGAUACGUAAGAAAUUUUAUAACACCAUUUCGUCUGGCUCGAAGAAUUCCGUACAUACCUUGUCCCGUCCGCGCGAUAGCGGACAACGAUAUCUGUACUUAAAGCUAACCGCUAUCCAAUGGAGAUUGCCUCCAGCGCCUUCCCGUCGGUGUCUAACGAUUUUUCCACGGGUGGUUGCGAUCGAUGUAACGAGCGGCCGUUAUUAAGCUCUGCUUAAUCACCGACGUGGGGUCGCGUGUUGGAACGUGUGCGUGUGCACCCCAUGCAAACACGGGUGUACGCAGCCGUCGCGUUAUUUAUCGCGAGCUACAAUUUCAGGGUUGCACGCGGCGAUCGUGCUCUCGUAUUCUGACCCUGUCACCUUUUUUCCCUCGCAAGUCAACAUGCCACAAGAGAGACCAUCUUGAUCUAGCGAGUCCCGGGAUUAAUUACUCAAUUAUCGUCGAGAUAAUUGAUCAGCGUCGCGGAAAAGAGACUGCGAUCAGAAUAACGUGCCCUUUUCGGAAGUAGAUAGGGUAAACACGAAUUUAAUUUCAGCAAUACACGUGAUGAUCGUCGCGAGAAAUAGAAUUCCCCCUCCCGUGUCUCCAAUCCCGAAGAAAUUCCUUGACUCUUUUCCCGCAGGGGGAUGCCGCUCCAAUCACUCUCUCUACCCCUGGAAGUGUCACCUAUCGAUCCGUCGAUCCGCCUCAUUUGUAUCCUUACAACCUUAUCAUCAACUAGUUGAUAUUGCGCGACGCGGAUAUAAUAGGGUGAAAAAUGAAAGGAUGCGACACGAUUUUUUUCUUCGCGUUGGGCACGAAAGAGAGAAAAAGAGAAAGAAAGAAAGAGACAGCCCGAUAAAAUGAUUAUCUCCCUUUGCGUUAUUAAUUAUUGUGCAGAUUUUUAUCUAGUUCUCUCGACGAGCGAUAUCGACGUUACCGAAGCGUAAAGGGUGCCGUGCUCGUGAACUUCCAGAAAAGUAAAACUAAUUAAUCACUCCUCUCGCAUUUACAAGUUUGGAUUAAAGUACUCCCAUUCUUGCAUAUGAAAUAUGACGUCCAAGCGAGUAGCGAAGUUUACGCGCGAAUAAUUCUUAAAAUAUUUCACGAUACUCAUAAAGAGCGGAUUAAUUACAGCAGGAUGCAUUAAUUAUCUCCGGCCUCUCGAAUAACUUCACUCUUGCGAUGGUUUCGGUUAUACUGGCAGAAUUUUUUCGUUUCGUGGAUCGUAAAUAGCAAAGCUGGUAAAUACAAAGCUUUCGUCUCGCUAUAUGGAAAACGUUCCCGCCGUUCGUGGUGUCAGGUUUUUCUCUUUGCCGAAUUAAAUAUCCGGCCGUUAUACAGUGCAAACCGAAAUCGAUAACUCGAUAGCGAGGCGAGGCAGUUACUGAUUGACAAUACGGACUAACGAUCAUUUCCUCCUCGUAAACGUGCCGAUUAUUCGAAUAUCCGCUAUGAUUUCGCCGUCUGAGUACCAGCGGCUGCGGCCUGGCUCGCAAUAAAAUACCGUGGCUUGUUACUCGCUCGUAACAACGACAAACGGGGUUACAUGCCCGGACAUGAUGCACGGUAACAACGUUAAAAAAAAUCCGUUCCCCCGGGAUUCUAAUCUCGAGAAAAAAAACGGAAUAAACCCGAAACUUUUUUUGACGCAAACACCGACGUCAUGGAUUUGGUAGAUCGGGGUCGGGUCCGUUGCACAUAUCAUUCGCUUUAACAAACGAGGGUGAGCGAACGAUAAACGACACGGAAAAAGCUGAGGGAGAAGUCCUCGUCGUUGUCAUUGUCGUCGUUGGACAACGACGUUAUUUAUUUCGGAUAGCGAUAACGCGGGAGGUCCAACGACCAGACGAUCUCAUCCGGUGGCGCGCCAGGUAUUUUUUUAGGUCGACGUUCCAUAAAUGAAGAUCCGAAAUGGACUCUGUGAACGGGCAUAGCGGGUUCCGCGCACGAUUGCACCCUCUGCCUCUGUCUCUCUCGUCCUCUUCGCCGCGAGUGAACGAGAGUCACGCGCGCGGAAAUGGCAAUUCAAGACGAAUCGAAUCGAAUCGAAUCGAGAAUGGGGAAAGAGGGACAGUCGUACAUGCGGUCGUAAAAAGAGAAAAGGUGGAGAGAGGCCUACAGUUCUGGAGCGAGCGAGCGGAACCGCGAGGCGCAGUUGUUUAAUGAAGGGAACAACUGCCGGGCGGAAUGGAGGUUCAUAGGGAAGGAGAAAGGGUCGUCCAUAUUAUACGAGGGAGACAUAAACGUAGGAUUCAGCGCGACGUAGAGAUAAAUAGAGAAGAGGCAGUAAGAAGAGGGAAAAGCAGAGAGAGAGAGAGAGAGAGAAUAAAUUCGCACACGGUUUUGGAGGGCUGCCGGCAAAUAUUGAUCUCCAGCGUGCGGGAGUGAAAGCCACCUCUGAGAACCCUACACGGGUCCGAGAUUCCGCGCUUCAGUGCCCUUUACGCCUGGCCGUUACAUGGCGUUCGUUUGCGAAAUACGAAGCAUCACGGUAGAUGCCGGACUUUGGCGAACUACGCAACUACGCUGUGAUACAGGAAUCGCCCUAAUCAUCGUAAUUAUUAUUGAUGAUCUGGACGGUGGACGUAAAACACGCGGCUGAGUUACGUCCCUAUUAGCCCAAUUACACACGGUGGUGGAUCGCGAGUGUGCGGAAUACUCGUGCGCGAUGCGUCGUUCCCGAAGAAUUCCGAUUUACGGAAACUUGGGCAUUGCCCGUGGAAAUACACGGUUAAUAUUCGUCCCGCGAACUCGCCAGACAACGAAGACGUCGCCGAGUUGUCGCUUUAGGAAGUUUAAAGCACGUCGGCGGCUUAAACUAAUUUUCGGGGGAACGCUUGCAACGUGAAUAAGUGCUGCUACAAAGUAGGAGCAUUCGCGAAAUGUCACGCAACGGCUUCCCGUCACGAACUUGAACAUCCGCGAUUUCAUUCCAAUGGAAAAAUAUCAUGUAAUAUUCGGUAAACAAGCGCGCAUGUGAAAAAUUAUAUCUGACGCAUUAUUUUUGUCAACGUUCAGUAAUUAUGUUUUUCUUGGAUUUUUCAUAAAUAACAUGUCGUAAUUAUUACUCGCAAAUAUUUUCUGGUGUCUCGUAGAGCCACAUUACUCUGCAACUCUCGAAUUAUUGAAAUAAAUUGCAAAGCUGACCGAGUUAUUCGAAUACAGGAUGAAAUUUUAAUAAACCGAUCCAUCGAACGAAGCCCGAUUGCAUCCCACGACGACAAUUCUAAUAUUACCAAACAUGUAAACUGUUAUUCCCCAGUAUGAGUCGCGGUAGCCGGGAAAACUUCGAUUUCCCGACACGAUCCGGUUAUCACGACAAAAAGAGAAAAACUUGCGACAUACCGUCGGAGUUACUCAAACUUGGCUGGAUCGAAACGGCGCUCCGAUGAGAAAUGUACUUCUGGGGAAAAAGGAAAUACCACGGUCAUGCUGUCGGGCGGAAAUACUUCUUAUAGAACUUCGUCUUUCAAGUGCUGGUUCACUUGCGCGAGAAAAGUUCAAGGAACGUUGUAAAGAGAGUCAUCCCUCAGCUGGAUGUAAUAUCGGUUAAUCGUCAUAUCAUUAAUGUUAUCAGUAACACGCUACCGACAUUGACAUCUAAUAAUGCAGUGACAAAAAGCAUCCCGUUGCGGUGCACAACCGAUUGCUUCGCCAAGCAAAUAGAAGUUAAAUCCGUCGGCUCAAUGCCCAAACGUUAUUGCUCGUAGGAUCGGUAACAUAUCUCCACCUGCCAGUACCUGGCUUUUUCAAUUUGCCGACAAUACACGCGCAACGUCCGUACAGAAUCGGAUCCCAUUUCGCUGGGCUGGCCAGCGCUCCUUCGUUUUCGAUCUUCCUUACGUUGCAGCGGGUGUCCGCGUCGCAAAACAAGUUAUUUUGCCGGCGUGUCGCGCCAAGGAUGUAUUCUAGAGAUCACCAGAAGGCGAGCAAUUUUUCCAAAUAAACGGGAACGCGGGAGAGCAUCAGUCAGGGCGCUCGGUACGACAAGCAGAGAAGUAGAAAUUAUCGCGCGGGCCCAAUUGCGCGAUAUUGCUCGUAACUUGAUGAAGAGAGGAAUGGAGGUCUUCAUGGGGUGGUCGGAUUUAUCUUCGCCAUGCCACGGACUCAUGAGCGCGGCUCUGACCCUCAGCCUGACACGGAAGUCAUGCACGCGGCGGCUUACAAGCGAAAUCCAAUUCCAUUUUACCGUGAGUUCUUCUUACGCCCUCCUUGAGAAAUGAACUCCCUCACAAGAAGAGGAAGCCACGUAAAUCCGCUUCUAAUGGUCUCGGGUGUAUUUUAUGCGCGUUCACGAGGGCGGUGAUGGCCGUUUUAUCGGAUCCGAGCGAAACCAGCUAGGAAGUAUUACGAAAACGUUAGAGACCGACUCGGAGCGUUUUCCCGGGAGGAAGUAAACGUGACUCUCGGGCUGAUCAAGACGUUAGCCGCUCAAUCGCGUGAUAAUCGGCAGGGAAAAGGCCAGGAAUACUCGAUGCAACUUUCGAUGCCGAAGGUACGCGAGUGAGUCUCGUCUAUAAAUAUCGGUUCACAUAACCCGAUCUUAACAUAAUCCGACUGUUUCCGAAUUUUAGUACACGUAAACGUGUAACGACAUUUCUGGCUGGAUUACCCGCAACGACCUCGACGACGACGAUGUUCGCGGUACGCUCUAUCGCCACUGACGAGAGUCAUUAAAAUUUAUGAACGAGCAUAAAUAUCUCAGGAUACGCGCCGGACGUCGCGCACCCUGCGGUGCACCCCGCCGUCCCCGGCAUGGAUUAAGUAUUGACCCGCACCACCUGAGUCUUCCAUAGUUUCCGACCGGUCAUUUAUUUUUACGAGGAAAGCGUCUCUCGUUCGCGUUAACUUCGAGCAGAAGUGUGUGCAUCGCGACGCAGAACGCCGCGAAUUGUUCCGAGAUCAUAAUGUCUCUUGCGAGAUGCGGUUUAUCGAGUGCAUAAACCGAAUCGUUGAACAACCGCGAUACAUGUAUAAUACAUCAUGAGCAGACACGCGUAUAAUAAAUCUAUGGCGCGAUCGUCGAGCGAAAUUUAACGAGAUAGCUUGCGGGGUUGAUCGCACGGGGCGAUCGUGCUCGGGAAAUAAAUAUUUAUUUUGCAAAAUGCGCUUCAGGGAUGGCAAUUGCAUCCGUUCUCAGCCUGGAAGGUAUUGGAGAUGCAAAUUAUAAUUUUGCAACAACAACGCGUCAGCAUUUAAUGUUUUACCUUUGACCGCAAUUGAAUCUGUCAUAUGAAAGUCCGUCGCGGCGUAAUGGGAGUGAAUGGGAGGAGUGUAUUGAAAUUUCCGGUGAUUGGUUAACCAUCGCGUAGGCGAGCGCGAACAAACGCAGCGGAGUUUAUCAUGUGCUCGCUGCAUUUCGGAUUAGUAAUUGUUAAAUGACGUAUUAUGCCGAGACCGCGCGCGUUUCCAGCGUUAUUACCAUAUUUUGAGAAACCGGUUUACGCCGGUUUCGCCAUUGUUGCGUUCCUGUUGAUCGGGGAUCCGCAGCGAACAAACAGUGUCGAUGACAAUGGCAUUAAGCGCAACUGGUUUACCAUUUCAACGUAAUAAUGCAGAUUAAUUCUUCUGCCUUAAUGCCGCGACGAGAUCAUGUACCGUCCAGGGUGGCUUCUACCGCGCGCGAUGAAUGGUUUUACAGCAAUUAAUGAUAAUAACAGCGGGGGAGGGACCUGUUGCGCGGCUCUUUCUGAUGGAUCACGCCUAUGCACAAUGCGUUAUCUCGAAAAACUAGCUUUCACGACAUUAUAUAAAUUCCGCCAUUGACCUCGCCGUCCGCUGGAAGUCAUUCUCCACCCACUAGAAAUGGGAUUAGCCGAUCCCCCCUCGUAUCUGUUUUCGGCACAAUCUUUGACCUAUAUAUAUUGCCCGCUUCUUAGGGACGGAUAGAAAGCUAUUCGGAGUAGGUCCCGGUAAAAACGACAUUACCGUCAUGGCCAUCCGAGAAACGAAACUUUCAUCCGGAAUGGAGCUGCAGUAAAGGCAGCAGAGCGCAAUUUCUUCGCUCGUUACACACGGUUAAUUGCCGAUACUGGCGAUUAUCCUGAUGAAACGGUACCGCGCGAUAAUACUCUUGAGAGUGUCCUACUAAAAAGUAUACGUGAAUUCUCUUAGACGCGCGUAAUGGCGCAUGCGAGCAGCGCGACGAUUAGAAAUUCGCGAAUUUAGCUUUCUUCUGCAAGACUUGGAAAUGAUGGAGGGACGAAUUUUAUAUCCCCAGCAAGCGGAAACCUCGGGGGAGGAACGACAUUAAUUGGACAGCGACAGCGACCGCGUUGCAACGAUAUUGAAAAUUAAAACUUAUAUUGGCGUUAUAAGUCGCGCACAUCGCGGUACCACGCCAAACUUGCUAAAGUUCCCGCAACAAUGUCGCACACGGUGUUACGAGUAAUUAUACGGGCAACUAAUUUUCUUUCUUGUUCUUUUUGUUCGAAGUGCCCCCGCAUCAGAAGGGUCAUUUCAUGCGCGCUCGCGCACGUUUCAAAGGGAAAUUUCCUUCCAUAAACACGUGCAUCAGAAAAUCCUCGGCAGUAAACUGCAAAAUCCCGCAGGGCUGUCCCAUUUUUCGCUGUACGUGACGUGCCGUGAAUUAAUCUCGGCCCCUUUUAACAAGGUUAUGGUCUUUUACGGUAUCCAGAAGCGGUUGGGCGAGGGUUUUUCCUCUACCGAGACAUUUCAUUCAACUAAAACUGUUUUACGUUAUUUUGCGAUGGAAAUUUGUAUGUCGCUCAUAAGUAUGCGGCGAAUUAACCGGAAAAUAUUAUACCACUUGCGACACUACGAGGGUAGUGCACUGUGAGGAUGCGUAAAUAUAAAUCAUUACGCUGUAUUAGAGAAUAUAAGAGAAUAUAAAUUUCUACGAUUUUUCUGAAUAUAAAAAGCGCGAUCUCCAGAAAGGAAUUUUUCGGAAAAUUUAUGAGGUAAGGCAAAUUCGCGGCAAAACAUUAAGCGUACGAGAAAUUUCGGAAUUUCUCUGCCGGUUGAUCCUACCCCCGCGUGCCAGUAUAAUAAAGUAUAAUAAAUUCCAUCCCUUGUCGCUACCUGACAUUUUAUCUACUUUGUCCGCGCGAGCCCAUCGAAAUCCCCUUUAAAGGCGGAAUCUUCGGGAGAUCCCUCGGAUCGAAUAGACGGAAAUAUCAAUUUGCGAUCAAUUUCGCAUAUCCGAUAAGAAAAGUUUCUAUGAUGAAGCGAUCUUGCAAAUGAGAUCCAUUUUAUUCAACAGGCGUGACGCACGACACAUGGCAUGACUUGUUGCGUCGAAAUGCUCGAUAUCCGACUGACUUUCCAUCGCCAAUCUUCGCUGGACUUCCGUUCUUUAUUGAAUUAACUACGGAGCGGCUUAAGUUGGCUUAAAACAAAAUCUGAAACAGUUGGGAAAUGUCCAGGGAGACAGAAAGAGAGAGAGGGAGAGCCGUUUUACCACCCGCGGCUCGCUGUUCAUUCACUUCCGAGGAUAUAGAGCGGUACCGAAGGAAAGCGAGCAACUCCACCCCCAGAAGCUAAUAUCGAACGACACUUACCGUGCCAGUAACGACCGUCAUUUUAACAUGAAAAAUAUAAAGCUCACGCGAGAGAAUGGGCAGUCCGGUGUCAUGCGGAUGGUAAUCGCGAUUCACCGCGGAUAUAGCGUAAUAAACAUCCAACUUAGUGCAUAGCACGCGAAUCGAUAAUCAUUGGGCUUUACUGUGUUUGCCGUACCGUCAAUCGCCAAUCUCAAUUGAUAUCACAAAGACGUGCAUCAGCGGAAAUAAAAGUAACUGACACAUAAAAAAAGAGAACCUCGUAGUCUGCUGUGCCGUGUAUAAAUAGAGGUUGCAUAUUAAUAGCUAUUAAUUUCAUUACGCGCAGUCAAUCGCGCGAUCAGUGACGGCAAUUUCACGUCGCCGCUGUCGAACGUUAAAGAACACGGGGCGCGCGAUGUGGACGUGCGCUGCCGAGAGAACAAUCCGUUAUAAAACGAGACAAUGGGGCACAAUGCAAGCUUGUUUCCGGUGGCGGUGCCCGGCUAACACUCCGAGAAUCGCGCCGGGCGGAAAAUAUUUGCGAGUAGUCGGGAUCUUCCACGAGAGUUGAAUUCUAGCAAUGGCGUAUAGCCGUUUCGCCUCUUUUGUGAUGCAACUCGUGAAUGCCCGUUUUGACCCGGCGAAGAAUCUGUCUGUGGCAUAUCUGGCGCAAUAUUGUUGCGCGGAUAUUCUUUUCCGCGGCCCGCAGUGGGCUCGCUUAAGCGGAAGGAAACCGAUACAAAGUUACCAGCACGUGAAACGACGGAGAUAGAGAUUCCGAGUGUAAAAAAAGCAUGCCCGAUAAACGUACGCAUCGCCUGAUGUACGAUCGUAAAUAGCGCACCAUUCGCAGUUAAGAUCCUCAGACAGAAAUAAUUUUUAUAUCAUUAUCGCACGCGGUAAUCGAGCGUCGCGUGAAACUUCAGAUACAGACGACAUCCGAUUGCACAAUAUUCGUCGACGCGUUGCAGAAACGUUGAUAAUCUCGAAUAAAAAGGAAAAAGGGUUAAAAAAAUCUGAGAAGCACAAACCGUCGUUUUAUGCUUUGAGCUUGCGUCUAUUAAAGCAAGUACUGACUAUCAGGAAUUUAUCACGCGCUCGGUCAACAAUUGCACAAGUAAAAUUUUAUCUCUCUCUUGAUGCCGUGCAUAAUGCGCGCGUAAUUAGGUCAACGCGUUUUCAGAUUAUGCGACCAUUCCGAGUAACUUUAAGCGUCAUGUUGCUGUGUCAUUAUGGAACGGCAUCAACUUUAUCGUCAUCAUAAAGAGCAGAUUUCGGUCCACGUUCUAUUCGCCGAACUGGAUAUCGUGGCAGCAGCAGAUGAUGCAUAAAUACCGGAAUCGAUAUGCGUGCGAGGUAGCAAUAACGCCAGCAAAGGAUGGACUUGUCGACAGUUUGCGAGGAUUCAGGAUGUAGAUCGGCCGUGAUGGUUUUCGGGUCGUGAUGGUUAUUUUGAUCGCCGGGACUGAUACGCGAAUUCAACUCAUGGCAGGACACCGGGUAGAAUCGUACGCAAGAUCAAUAAACGUGGUUAAGUGUGACUGAAGCACUCUCCUUCGAAUUCCGAUCGCUCUUUAGUUUCAUAAAUUAUACGGUCAAUCGAUUUUAUCGCAGCACGCGAUGUAAUAUUCAGAUGACACGUAUAUAUUCGACGAUUUCGAUUUAUUUCGAACUAGAACCGCGCACUCUCUUCGUCCCUCGGUGUUGUUAAGUUUAAAUCGAGGGCAGCAGAGCGCAAUUAGACAAAGAUCUUGAUAACGGUGUGUCAAUCCACGAGCGACACUAUGGUAAUAAAUUCUAAUGAUACAAUUUUAGGUCACGUAAAAUAUUCAAAGGUUUUUUCUUUUACCUUACGGUAGAUGUGAGCAAAUGCCUCGACUAUAUUUCUGACUUUACUAUAUUUCGAUUUUACGCUACGGUAUAUCCUUGAGGGAUAUACUAUAUCGAGGGAAUGCAAACUGUACCAUGGAAACUGUAUCGGUAUUGUUGACUUGGUACUCGGUCGCCCUUGUACCAAGCCACACGGGUGGGCUUUUGCUAUUUUGCAGAUAACAAAGGCGGCAUGAACGUACGAGACUGGUUACAAAGUGCCAUUUGCGGAGUGUCGCGCGAUCUCGAACGUUCUCUCAAGAUCGCGCCCCAGCGACUUCCAAACUUCGUCUAGAAAUCCGUAGAACAGAACGUGAAGGGGGACACAUGUAGACGUAAAAGUGAUCGCAGUAUCGUAGGACAUAGUUAGACCGUGUGAGAUGUGAGGAUUCUUGGAACGACGUCAACAUGGAGAUGAUCAGGGGAUGCAACGCAACGACCAAGAACUCGACUACGUCAAUGGCCUCCACGAGGUUUGCCAAGCUGCAAUUCAUGUUCCUUCUUGGUCCACGAGGGGGGAUGUGAUUUGAUUUAGAAACGAGCUUUGACAUACGAUGAAUCACCUCAGGGAUCGUCUGAUAGAAACGUAGACGCAACUAACGAGAAGAGAGAAAGAGUGAAACAAUAGAACACUCACGACGCGUAUCGCGAUAUCUGAGCAAGGCCAAAAAUGGAUUCGACAAAAUUGGGCGGUCCAGCACCGACUAGUCCGAGGGCUCAUUCACCGGUGCUGCCGAGCUACGCCACGCCCGGCGACGGUAACAUCGAUUAUAUCAUAGGCGACUACAUGGAGAGACUGGGCACGAGGUUGAAUAUCCUCGAGACCGAGUUAAAGUACGCGUGGAGGGCAUUGGACCUCCUCAGCCAGGAGUACAUCAAGAUGUGGGAAAGACUGGAGAAGCUGGAGGGCCUGCUGUACGAGCAACAGACAGUGAUCAGCCAGCUGAUCGAGUUCUACACCAGUGGCGGUACUCACGACAAUGUGAACAUUGUCGAGGAGACAUUGGCCAAUCAGCAGGGCUCAGUGGGCGAGCUGGAUGCAAUCGCGAAGAGCUUGGGUGCAGCGAUAGGCAUUGAGGAAACCAACGUGCUGCGAGAGAAACUGACGCAGCAGGAACUAGUAAGGAUGCAUGGGCUCACGCAGGACAGUACAACAGCCGCGGCUGUAGUCACUGACAUGCACAGAAACGUCAGAAAUUUGGACACCUUGGAGACUCUCGAGGAAGAGGGCAAUAUACCUGACGAGGCUUUUUACAGGAGCCUGAAUAACGCCUACAGGGAGGAUCUGAUCUGUGGCGACACGUCAAGACCGACGUCGCAGUUAGGUAUGAUCUGGGAAGAAGCCGAGGACGAAGAUAUAAAUGGCAAGAAGGAAGUGGAGACCAGCAUCUUCGACAAAACUAUACCAAAGGAAAAAGAACUGGAAGAACUCCAACCGACCAAGGAAGAGGUGAAGGCUUCCGCGAUGAAGAAGGAGGACGAGGCGGACGAGGACGAGGGCGAAGUGUUUAGCGCGGCCGAUUACAAGAGCUACAGAGGGAACACGCCGUGCGUUAGCGAGCAAGAUCUUGCUCAGCUGUCACGGCUCAGUUCUCUUGAUCACGUGGCAUUGGAGAAGCUGCAGGAAAUAGACAGGUUGACCAGUAAGUUACAAAAAGAUUCGCAGAAUCUGAUAGAAUUGCAAUCCAGACUAAUUGACUCGCCGAAGCGGACCCAGUACUCGUCCGAGGCUGAAGCGAAGCUAGCCGAGGAGGCGAGCAGCAUAGACGAGCAGCUGAGGAAGAUCUACGCAGAGACUGACGUGGACAGCUGGACGUUUUCCAAGAGUCCCGGCUCCACUGGUGGCAGAUCGAUCUCCAGAGUCAGUACCGACAGCGGACUGGCCACCGAUGGCGACUUCACAACGAGAUCCAUAUCGCCAAGACUGACUUCUACGUCCAGGAGCAACUUAGACUCCAUUUCGACUACCUAUACCCCGCCUAGAUUAGGUUACACGUCGGCCAUACUGGAGAAAAGCCCGGAGCCCGUGAUUCAGUUAUCGAUUGACGUCGGUAAUUUCGCGAAGGGAUACGCGGAGAACAAGGAGCUAACGGAUCUAAUGGCAGAGAGCUUCGCGGCGGCCGUCACUUGCGCAUCGCCCACCAUUUACAGUACCACCACCGACAAGGUGCCAUCACCAACUUUGUCCGCCGGUAGCGUUCAGAGCGUUCACAGUGUCCAAGGUCUUCGCACCAGGCAGGAUGGCUACUUUGGCAGCGCAGCACGGCUCAAUCUGGAGUUCCAGGAGAGCCGGACACCGCCCAGUCCGUCACCCAGUUCGCCACCACCACCAGCACCACGAGACACGACCGAGUCCUUCCUCAUGCCCGGAGCGGAGCAGAGAGAAGCGGAAACGAAGAGGUCUCAGAGUCCAAGCUUCCUGCGGAACGCGGAGAAACUGGUUUCCAUGGAGCAAGGUCGCCUCAGUCCCCGCACUCCUCACUCGCCCAAGUCACCGAGAGUCUCGCCAAAGCACACAGUCAAGUCCGGCAGCGCCGCCAAUAUAGUCACAGCAAAGUCCGACUCCGGUUUAUCCUCCAUGAGCGGUUGGAGCAGCCUGGAUAAAUCGCCAGGUUCUCCAAAGAACUCCAUCACCAAGAUGCUGACCUCUUACUCGGUGGAUCACACGCGUGCGAGCACUCUCAUACCCAGCACGCAACCCGCCAGAACCGCCAGUCCGAUACCGCCUCUCCCGGAGACGACCAGCAGCACUGUCAUCACGCAGGAACCUCUCUAUGACACCCCCGAAGGUAGAGACGCCUUCGCGAGCGCUAUGGCAGCUACGACUACCCAUCCUUACACAACGACGAUGAAUCACUUAUCGGCGUACACGACCGCCAGCAAGUCGCCGGUCACAGAGGACUACACUUUUGUGCCACCACCAGCUCCGGGUGUGACUACUACGUGUCAGAGUCCCAAGAAACGCAGUCGUCAACAGAGUCUCCAACAUACUUACGACUCGGUACCUUCCGGUACUGGCACGGAUUAUGUCUACGUAAGAUCAGAACAGCCGGCCAUUUACUCCGUGGCUGGUAGUAAUCGACAGCAGGCCAUUACGAGCGUGUACACCAGCGGUUCUGGUUCGUACGGGCCCAAAACUACCACUUCAGCUUAUUACUCCUCCGAAACAAUAGACCAACAAUAUCUCAAUUAUCAAGACAAUUACAGCGCGCUUCAGUAUGCGGAGACGAGUGCCAUGAUCGCUCACGCAAAGAAGCCGUUACGCGGGAGCUCCUUUACGGACGGCAUGACGAACCAUGAAGGAUACAAAGCAGCAAUGUAUCGCACGAUGUUCCCUACCGGCAACAUCACCGACGCCCUCUCGUACUAUCCGACCAGCGCGACCAAUCUGCCGCGAACGGAGACUAACGAGAGCUCGUGGCUAAACUCGAUGGAGGAGCAAAUACCGCAUGACUCAACGUCCUCCAGCAUCAGAUCGUUGACCUCCGACGGAAGUUACACCCAGAGUCCGUACACGGAUCGCAAGUAUCCGCAGCCGCCGGCCUACCAAGCGCAUUCAGCGUAUCAGCAACAUCACACCUACGUGAACCAGAAUUACCCGCAAAUUUAUCAGCAACAGUACCAACCGUACAGUCAGCGACUGAGCAGCGCCGAGAGCGCGCAGCUUACGGACGGUUAUCAGCGGCAAUGGCAAAGGGAGCAUCAAUACAUUCAGGACCACGAAAGCGCCAGGAUAUCCUUGGAACAGCAGCAGACGCAGUCGAGCGAGUAUUACGAUGCCUCGAGCGUGAUAGUCUCGCAAUCUGGAUACAUCAGCAUCGCCACGAACCUGAAGGACCACGAAGUCGACAAUAGCAAACUGUCGAAGAAGAUUAGGCGAGGUUCUUCGCUGAAGAAUGCGAUGAGCUCCAUGAGCAAUUGGCUGCCGGAUCUGCAUCUUAGCAAGCGUCAUAGAAGUCAAUCGUUACCGGGCGGAGUAAGAAGAGAGGACUUCGAUGUGCAGGACCCACAGCAGCAACGGCUACCAGCCGAGAUGACGGGAAGAGGUCGAGGCAGAAGUCAAGCCGCCAGGAAAAAGAAAAAGCACACAUUAGUCUCAACGGUUUCGGGCAUUCUUCAAAAGGCAAAACGUCGCAGCCAUCAAUCGCAAUCCCUGUCGGAUCCGGAACAGUCUGAGACCGAGUGGAGUAGUGGUAGACAAAGCGGACUGUCAGAAGACGAGGACAGCGUGAUAUCCGACAUCGUUCAGGAACCACCUUUCUUCGCCAAGAUGAAAACGGCAAGCACGAAGAGGAAGCAGCCGCCGCCGCAGCAAAUGAUGACGCAACAACAAAUGAUGGCACAGCAACAAAUGAUGGCACAGCAACAAAUGAUGGCACAACAACAAAUGAUAGCACAGCAACAAAUGAUGGCGCAACAGCAGCAACAGCAGCAACAGCAUCCUCAGCAGAUUCAAGCGCAGCAGAAGGAAUACUUACAACAGCAGCAGCAGCAGGCGCUCCAGCAACAACAAGCGCUGCAGCAGCAGAUCCAACAGCAGCAGGCACUUCAACAACAGAUUCAGCAACAUCAAGAGCAACUGCACCAACAGGCGCUUCAAGACAACUGGAUCAUGGAAAAGGAACAGAGAAAAGUUGAAGCUAACGAGCAAGACGUAAGUGAUCAGACGGGCAUGCUCGAAGAGGAGACUUCAGGGAAAAGCACUGGCUCGGGUUCCGGCGGUUCAUCGAUCUUCCAGACAGUCGGCGAUAUUAAGAGGUCAACUGGUAGUUCGGACGAGGCGCCCAACGAGAAAACACCAAAACUGCCUCCGGUCACGUUGAUCGGUGGAUCAAGCAUGGAGUUCGCUGUGUCGCGAGCGCUCGGCAAGUAUCGUCAACGACAAUCUUCGACGGUGUCUGACGAGCAGUCGAUGACCGAGGAGAUCAACAAUGUCGAGAAGAAAGCCGUCGAGGAAGGCGCGAUGCAGACUCUGGAGACGAGCUUCGAGUAUCCGGAGGACGUGUCGGAAAAGAGCGAGAAGAGUGAGAAGUCUGGCAGCGCGAAAUUGCCCGAACUGGUCACCAGCCUGUCGGAAGAAGCUCCGCCGUCGGAGGGCAGUCCGUCCGCGUCCAGCAUGAGGGGUUAUAGCAGCACGAGUGGUACACGAUUCCUGCCGCGUCAUCAGCAAUCCCUGGAGAUUCCGUGGACCGGAUCGCGACCGGGAGAACCCGAAGAGGACAAUCGCAGCACGCAUUCGUACAGGAGUACGUCGCGAGUGUCCUCAAGACGACAAAGCACUGAAGAUUCGAUCGAUUCCGAGGAUGAAUGGUAUUGCUACGAAUUGAGAAAACUCGAGGAGCUCGAGAGACAAUCUGAGAUGGAGAUGACCGAAGCGUUAAUCGAGGAACCCGAAGACGAGGCUUAUCAGCCGGAUGAGACGGUAAAGGAGAAGAUGUCGUUUGUGCUGAAGGAGCUCAAGCUCAAAGCGGUCACGAAGCCGAAGGAUCAGAGGAAGGAGGAGAGGGAAGAGACGCGGAGCAGCAGAAUGAACGGCACAGUGAAGGAUCACCGCUUCGAGGAGAACGACAGCAGAUAUCGCGAUGAGAAACCUAUCCCGAAACGCAAGUCCGCGGAAAGCGUGGAGGCUGUGUUCGCCAGGGUGACCGAUUACCACACAUGGGCGCACGAAAUAGAAACCAAGAAGGAGAAGCCUCCACCGUCCACGGAGGAGGGCUCGUCCGGCGAAACCUCCGGCCCGGACAGUCCUGGGCAGUCGAUGGACGAAGAAGAGGAAGAAGAGUUGCCGAAGGACCUCGACGAACAGCAAUCACGACGAAGCUCCAACGGUUCAACGUUACGUCACGGCGAGAAGAUACCACAGGGCUCGGAUUCCCUAUCCCGCGAAGGUAGCGUAAGUGUACCACCUAGCGAAGUGUCGGUCAGCAUCCCGGGAGCUUGGGAUUCUGAAAGCACUGUCCUUGAAGGCCUCGAGCGCGACGGAGCCGGUAGCGCCGAGACUGCUACGACGGCGACCUUGAGUCUACCGAAGAUCAAGAUCGACUCCUCGUCCUGCGGAAGCUCGGACACGACAUUGAAGGAGGGCCAGGUGAGUCCUGGCCCGCCCGGGUCCAAGUGGAAGCUGCUCAAGGCCUUGAAGGAACGUAAGGCCGAGGAGAAGCUCAAAGAGGUCGAAGAGGCCUCCAAAGAGAACACGAUCUCCCAGGGACCCACGGCAAACGGCAGCGGACCGGGCGGCGAAUCUGGCGGACGUGCGAAUGGACAUCCAGGCGACAAUCCUUUCUACAGCACCAUCGACAGCAUGCCGGACAUUCGACCACGUCGGAAGUCGAUACCAUUGGUUUCCGAGCUGGUCUUGAAGACCAUGGCGGCGACGAAGAGGAACGCUGGUCUCACAUCUGCCGUGCCUCGAGCGACGCUGAACGACGAGGAACUGAAGAUGCACGUGUACAAGAAGACGCUGCAGGCGAUGAUCUACCCCAUAUCGUCGACGACUCCUCACAACUUCGUCACUUGGACCGCCACGUCGCCGACUUACUGCUACGAGUGCGAGGGUCUUCUUUGGGGCAUCGCUCGGCAGGGAGUUCGAUGUAUGGAGUGCGGUGUCAAGUGUCACGAGAAGUGCAAGGACCUCCUGAACGCCGACUGCUUGCAGAGGGCGGCUGAGAAGAGCUCGAAACACGGCGCUGAGGAUAAGGCGAUUAGCAUAAUCACGGCGAUGAAGGAGAGGAUGAAACAAAGGGAACGGGAGAAGCCGGAGAUCUUCGAACUGAUUCGGUCAGUCUUCGGGGUCGACGAAAAGGCGCACUCGGGCCACAUGAUGGCGGUGGAGCAGUCGGUCUUGGAUGGUACCAGCAAGUGGUCGGCGAAGAUCGCUAUUACAGUGAUCAGCGCUCAGGGAUUAAUCGCCAAAGAUAAGAGCGGCACAUCCGAUCCCUACGUGACGGUCCAAGUUGGCAAAGUGAAGAAACGCACGAGAACCAUGCCGCGGGAGCUGAAUCCAGUAUGGCACGAGAAAUUCUACUUCGAGUGCCACAAUUCAUCCGAUCGCAUCAAGGUCCGUGUGUGGGAUGAGGACAACGACUUGAAGUCGAAGCUGAGGCAGAAACUGACGAGGGAGAGCGACGACUUCCUCGGACAGACCAUCAUCGAGGUACGGACCCUCAGCGGCGAGAUGGACGUCUGGUACAACCUGGAGAAGAGGACGGACAAGAGCGCGGUGUCGGGCGCCAUUCGGCUGCACAUCAGCGUCGAGAUCAAGGGCGAGGAGAAGGUGGCACCUUAUCACGUGCAGUACACCUGCCUGCACGAGAACCUCUUCCACAGCCUGUGCGAGGAGAACGGCGGCAUGGUGACUUUGCCGCAGGCAAAGGGUGACGACGCCUGGAAGGUCUACUUUGAUCCUCCCGGCGAGGAACUCGUUGACGAGUUCGCCAUGCGCUACGGCAUCGAGAGCAUCUACCAGGCGAUGACGCACUUCCACUGCCUCUCAACCAAGUACCUGUGUCCAGGCGUGCCGGCCGUUAUGUCGACCCUCCUGGCAAAUAUAAACGCGUACUACGCCCACACGACCGCGAGUCCGGCUGUGUCGGCCAGUGAUAGAUUCGCCGCCAGUAACUUCGGGAAAGAAAAAUUCGUCAAGCUACUGGACCAGCUGCACAACUCCCUCAGGAUCGACCUGUCAAUGUACAGGAACAAUUUCCCAGCCUCGAGCCAAGAGAAGCUAAUGGAUCUGAAGAGUACCGUGGACCUGCUGACGAGCAUCACAUUUUUCCGCAUGAAGGUCCAGGAGUUGUCGAGUCCGCCGCGAGCCAGCACCGUCGUGAAGGAUUGCGUGAAGGCGUGCCUGCGCUCGACCUAUCAGUUCCUCUUCGAGAACUGUUACGACCUGUACAAUCGGGAGUUCCAGGCGGACCCGAACGAGGCGAAGCGAGAUUCGGACGAUCACGGGCCACGGUUGGACUCGCUCGACUUCUGGCACAAGCUGAUCGCCCUGAUAGUCUCGGUAAUCGAGGAGGACAAGAACAGCUAUGCGCCCGUGUUGAACCAAUUCCCCCAGGAGCUGAACAUCGGUCAACUGUCGGCGGCCACGAUGUGGUCCCUGUUCGCGGUGGACAUGAAGUAUGCCCUGGAGGAGCACGAGCAGCAUAGGCUGUGCAAGUCCUCGGCCUACAUGAACCUGCACUUCAAGGUCAAGUGGUUGCACGCCAACUACGUCAAGGACGUGCCGCCAUACAAGGGCGCCGUGCCGGAGUACCCGGCCUGGUUCGAGCCCUUCGUCAUGCAAUGGCUCAACGAGAACGACGACGUGUCGUUAGAAUAUCUCCAUGGUGCCUUUAGUAGGGAUAAAAAGGAAGGCUUCCAAAAGAGUAGCGAGCACGUACUCUUCAGCGUGUCCGUUGUCGACGUCUUCACACAGCUGACGCAGUGCUUCGAUGUAGUGUCGAAGCUCGAGUGCCCGGAUCCGGAGAUCUGGAAGAGGUACAUGAAGAGAUUCGCAAAGACCAUCGUCAAGGUCCUAGUAGCUUACGCGGACAUUGUGAAGAAGGAAUUCCCCAGCCAUCUGAAGGAGGAGCGAAUUGCGUGUAUUCUGAUGAACAACAUCCAGCAACUUCGGGUGCAGCUGGAGAAGAUGUUCGAAUCGAUGGGCGGCGACAAGCUCGAGGAGGACGCGGCAAACAUUCUGAAGGAGCUACAGCAGCAACUGAACGGCGCUCUGGACGAUUUGGCCAUGCUCUUCGCGAACAGCCUGGAACCACGAAUAACGGUUUCCGUGAGAGAGCUGGGAGACCUUCUACUGGCCAUCAAGGGUGGCGGACAGGUGACCCUGUCGCAGCCAGCACAGAGGAACAACGUGACUGCAGAGGCCGACGACGUCCUGAGACCGCUCAUGGUUCUGCUCGACGGUAGCCUGUCUCUGUACGCUGAAUCGUGCGAGAAGACGGUACUGAAGAGGCUACUGAAAGAACUGUGGAAGAUAGUCAUGAGGAUUUUGGAGAAGACCGUUGUCCUACCACCUAUGACGGAUAAGAGCAUGAUGUUCAAGAAUCUGACGGAUAACGCGAAGAAUCUCGCCGCGAACGCCAAGAUCGAGGACAUGUCGAAGCUGUUCAAGAACCACAUGGCCGGGAAACCGGACGUGAAGAAUGCCCUCAGCGGAGUUAUGGAUAUCUCCAAGGAAGUGGAGAAAAAUCUUUCGCCGAAGCAGUGCGCGGUUCUCGACGUCGCUCUGGACACGAUCAAACAGUACUUCCACGCGGGCGGUAACGGCCUGAAGAAGACGUUCCUGGAGAAAUCCCCGGAACUGCAGAGCCUCCGUUACGCCCUGAGCUUGUACACGCAGACGACGGAUACCCUCAUUAAGACCUUCGUCACCUCGCAAGUCAACCAAGUGCCGCUGAACGAUGCGUCAACGCUACGUCAGCGUCAGCGUUCGAUGAGCAGCGAGAGAGGUGACGAAGGGGAAGGAGCCGAGGGUAUGGAAAGCCUCGAGGAACCCCUUCGCCAGAGCAAGCCCUCUCUUCGUCGAGAGAGCCGACCAGAUACCGCCGGUACGGACGAGGGUUCGGUGGGUGAGGUGAGCAUCCAGGUGGACCUCUUCACGCACCCAGGAACGGGAGAGCAAAAAGUCACCGUGAAAGUUGUGGCUGCGAACGACUUGAAGUGGCAACUGGCGACAGGCAUGUUCAGGCCGUACGUUGAGGUGAAUCUAAUCGGUCCGCAUCUCACGGGCAAGAAGCGGAAACAAUCGACGAAAUCGAAGAGCAACAACUGGUCGCCGCAGUUCAACGAGAGCUUUGAUUUCAUGAUCGGUAACGAGCAACAACAGCUAGACUUCUACGAACUGCACAUCUGCGUAAAGGACUACUGCUUCGCGAGAGAGGACAGACUCGUCGGGGUCGCGGUGAUGCAGCUCAAGGACAUCGUCGAGGAGGGCUCGUGCGCGUGCUGGCUGUCGCUCGGCAAGCGCAUCCAGAUGGACGAGACCGGCUGGACGAUCCUGCGCAUCCUCUCGCAGCGCAACAACGACGAGAUCGCCAAGGAGUUCGUGAAGCUGAAGAGCGACAUCAGGCAGGAGACACCGCUGCCGAAUCCCACCUGAGGAGAUGAGAUGCCGCGUUAAAUAAGCCGACAGCGAAGCGACUCGAGACCUUCGUGCUUGGAAAGAGCUCGAAGAGGAGGAGGAGGAGGAGGAGAUGGUGGUGGUGAAGAAGAUGGAGGAGAAGCAGGAGGCCGUCCAAAGGGGGUUUAGCGUUUGAUGCCUUCGGUGCCACGAACGAACGAAACCUUUCACGACUAACUUUCGCGAGGAACAGAAGAGAAAGGGGGAAUCUAUAGACACGCGCGAGAGACAGAGAGAUGUAAUUCGCGCGAUUCGCCACGCAUCGCCCCGACGAAAACGAUCGCCCGAACUCUUCCGCCCUUCUCCGCCGCGAGACACAAAAAUCCAGGGAAGGACGACACCGCGGAACUUCCUCCCUCAGGCUUCCCUCCGGCGCCGCGGAGUUCGGUCGAGCGUAUUCCUCUCUCUUUUUUACGAAUCACACACGUACACACACACAGACAUACGCAGAGAGCUUUAGCCCCGUCCCUGGACUGCGAUCGGGAACCAUCAUCUUCCACAGCGGAUCUCGAACUGAAGGACGACGAGCUAGGUGGAACGCCGCGUGGCUCGGCGUUCGUUCGGCGUACCCCGACGAAGAAGCAAGGGGCGAUUCCUCCCGGCCGCCCCCAUUUCGACGAGCUAGAGAUAAUUGGGGUGGCGGAGCUCGGUCAACGACGACGACGAUGAUGACGGGCGACGCCCUGACAUCGCGCAAGACACAUCGGACUCUUCUUCGUGCGUCGAGUGCCGCAAGCCGUGAAGCCGAGCGGAAAACGGGGGGAACGGAGGAGAGUGAGUUCGCGUGAGGGCGUGAAGACGCGAAAACGUGAAAACAGUGCUGCCAGUACGCAAUAUAUUUGGUAAUCUUCGUAACGUAACGUAAUAGAGGACGAGAGAUUUAACAGCGCGAACAGAAACCGAAAGACACGAUGGUUCGCUCGCGCGACCGCGACUUUCUCGAUCUCGGAUGCGCCGCCGUUCGCCGGAAGACUGACGACCCCGAGGGACAUGGACGAGGAUGAGGAGCGACGUCCACGUGGCGGCAGACCCUCCACCCGCCUACGUUGCGUCCGCACGUUGCCGAACGGAGUAGAACGUGGCAAACGCGAACGAGGACCGCGUAUACGAGCACAUACGUCCCCACACGACAUGCACGCGCGCACACACACACACACACACACACACACACACACACACACACACACACACACACACACACACACACACACACACACACACACACACACACACAUAUAUCUACAGACACACAUCAUCCACCACGUAUAUACGCGUACACGGAGACCGCGUCGUUUCUAGGCCGUUUGUUCGGGAGGACGAGAUUUACUGUAGAUACGUGAGAAAAAAAACGUUGUUGACGAAGAAGUUUUUUCUAAAUAUACAGUUUAAAUGUAGCAUUGCGUACGACCAAAUAGGCGCGCCCUGUGACGUCACUCAGCGGCGUGCCGUUAGUAAUAAAAGCAAAAAAAAAGUUAGUAAGGCAUUGUAAUUGUAAAGUACGUUCUUAAGAUUCUUCGUAAGAUUAUACCAGAGAUGAUCGCAAAAGGGUCUGACUGUGCUGCUGACGCUGUUGCUGCUGUUGCGAGUGAUGUUGAAAUCCGCCCGCAAGCUUCGGGAAGCCCCACGCGCCUCCAGCAAAUUUUGCGCGCGUGCUGCAACGGAAAUUCACUUUCUACGAACCGGCGAGCGAGCGAGCGAGCGAAUCAAGUCCCAAAAAUUCAACUUAACUACCCUGUAACUCGGCCGCUGUCAGUACCCGAGUAGCCGACGAAGAUGAACGUGUUAAUGGCAGCUGGCUACCACUUAUUCAAGAUCAUGAUUCGACUGAUGGUAGCCGCAACUCUAGAGACCCGGUGUCUCGGUACUGACAGCAUCACCCAUGAUGUCGUAGCACGCGCAAGUAAUCAUAUCGUAGCUUUCCAUAUCACGUAGAUUCUCUCUUUAGCGAGCGCUGCUUGCCACGGCGACGAGUCUCUCGAGACAACGCGAGAGACCGGAAGCCAGAAAACUAGUGCUAUCGUAGUGAUCACUGUCGCUGUACCAGCUUCAUCCUGCGUCUCGUGCUACUUAUAGCGUUCGUCCGUUCGUAGAAAUGUGACUUCCGCACGCGCGACUACUCGUCUCUCUUUUUUACGGGGACGCGGAACUUUUAGCGGAAUUGCGUACCGGAUCAAACGGGGUUGACGGGGGUGGUCGCGAAGCUUCGGUCGGAUCCCUCCGUGAGAGAGACACACGAGUGCACGCCUCGACCUCGAAUCCGACGAAUCCAGUUAUUAUUCAGCCUGUGCAGAGCCGGGCAGAACAGGUACAACACAAACUCCGGAGAUAAUGCUAUUAUAUUCAAAAGUUUCUACUACGUAGUACGUCUAGAUUAUACUUACGUAUUGUGUAUAGUGUCUAAAACUGCUGAUGUAGUUGCGAGCGCGGGAUUUUCGACCGGAAAUGCGAGAGACAGACGGGAAGAACGUCCGUUCAGUUGCACGUGCUUUCGAGACUUGCGAAACAUUUUCAAUUAGAGGACUCUACUUAACGUGUGAUCGCAUCUGUUUUUUUAGUAAGAUAAAAAACGAUUGACAUUAAUCAAUUGUACAUUAAUGUUUUGUACCUCUUAAAUUGAAAGCAAUUUGUUUAGCUCGUUGAGCUGAAGCGGAAGUGAUAGAUUUUUUGGACAUAAGCUUUAAAAUUUUCUCCGACAGUCGUAAAUCUUGGAUCACAGAGUCCCGUUAGAGGUCUUUCGACAUUCUACGAAAGCGCUUGCAUCUGCACCUUCGACGUUGUCGGACACGGAAGCAAGUAGGAAAGAAGGACACGGGUCCGCGACCUCGCCACCAUCUUCAUUUGUAAAAGUGUCUAUUUUCUCCGCUGCCUAACUAAGUACAUUACUGAAUACGAAAGAGCUGGCAAUUCGCUACACCCAGAUCGGCCUCGUCGAUGAAUAUGCAGCUUGCCGAUUCGUUUUCCCAAUCCGGUCGACGAGCCUGCGAGAUCCCGAUCACCGCGAUCGUCGACGGGGUCGGCCAGCAAUUUUUUCUCCUACUCUCCGCUUCGAUUAAUAUCUCGUAAGCUUAAUGAAGAUAUCUCGUGUAUUCUGUGAUAAUUACCCCUUAAAGAGGACACUGAGAGACACACGCUACACCCUACACGCACAAGACAUACAUUAUACACGUACACGUACAGGGAGAUCCGCGGACGGAGGUCCGCACGGAGAGGGAAAGGAUUGUACAAAAACUAGAAGAGAAAAAGAGAGAGACAGAGAGAGAAAGGAGAGAAGAGAGAAACGUGAGAAAAGAGGUAUACCAAUUACACCGAUUCCAAUAUAGCGGCAGUAUUUUUCUUCUUUCAAUACAUUUCCUAUAUUUUUACUCUCUGUAAUCAUUUAACGUCCGAGGAGUCUCGUCGGGAUGGUGAAGAGCAGACAAGAAAAAGAAAGGAAGAAAGAGAGGGAGAGAAGGGAGAGAGAUAUACAUAUAUUGUAUAUGGAAUGUGAUCCGGGCUCGCCUCUACUUCCCUUCAUCUAUCGAUCCUGUGACCAAUUCGCAGUUGAUUUCUCCUUAGCGAAAGUUCGAUCCUUUUCCACGACUUUCUAACGUUGAAUACAUCUAAGCCUUAAAUAAAAAACCAAAAAAAUGCCGUGAAAGUAAAAUUCGCUUCGAGUCGAAUAAAGAUCAAGAGGCUCCGUCAUCUCUAAUUGAUUGCUCGUUGAAAUUCUUAGACUUUUUACCGAGCCUUGCAGUUCAAGAGCUUAUCGCUGCCUUGUGACGCUUUUUGUUAAGGACAAAUCCACUCGAGAUUGAUCCCCGGGGGAGUCCUGUGGACGCGGAGUGCGCGGAACCUGAAGCAUCCUGUUGCACCGCGACAACAACCCGCGAUCUUGCCAAAUCGCGAGGAUAAUCGAAGAGGUAGGAGGACGAGACGUACGAAGACGGACAAAAAUACAAGACACAAAAGUAUGCAAUACAGUUCAGAGGCACUUCCGGAUCCGGGAAUUUAGAAAAUAAAAUCACACGAGAAGGAACGAUCCGAAAAAGUUUGAAGAGCGUGACGUGAUCCGCGUGAUGCUUAAAUUUAUUAAUCUUGUCAGACUAUUUGGCGCAAUGUCUUCAAAACUGAUUGAAUUCGUUUCGUAUAAUUUUUUAUAUCGUUUCCCGUGCUCCAGGUUAAUGUAAUCUCUUGCGCCGCGCGCAUACUGUGAACUGUUUAAUUAAUAUUUCGGCUGGAUCGUUCUGGACCGUGUCAAAAAGACAAAGAAUCUAAGUCAUCUGAUCGAUCAACUCUCCGGGCUCUUUGGGAUGAAAAAGAAUGAAAAACAUGUUCAAAGGAGCUUCAAUGGAGGAAUGGUCAAGUGAUUCGAUUAUCUUUCGUCCAUGUCGAAAGGAGAGGAUUGUCCCUAAGGGAUUGCCGUAAACUUUUAAAGUUUCAACUCAAGUCAAAGUCACCGACAAAGUUACCUCAAAGGCGCAGAGAGAAGGCGAGAUCAGAAAAUCAAGUCAGACUCUAGACCGUCGUAAUCGAGGAGCGUUAGCAGACAGAAAAGAGAUAGAGAAAGAGAAAGAGAGAGCAAUCACGCAACAAUGAGAGGGAACUAAAAAAGACAUACACAACCGUUGACAAUACUAUGCUUGAGAAACGCGCGCGCGCGCACGUAUAAGAAACACGUAUGUAAUGUACUUACUAAAAUAUAUAAAACAAGAGAAAGAGAGAAAGAGCGAGAGAGAAAUGCUCGUGUUUCGUAAGUAAAACGUGCUAAGAGUAAACUCGUAAUACACGCGCGAGAAGAUGAUGCACUCGCGCGACGACGCUUACGCGGAUCACUGUGUGAUUAAUUAAGUAAUCACGUCUAAUCACGAGCGAAGAGAAGCGACUUCGAGGGUCGUCUCGCGGGGAACGCCGUUAUCGAAAGUCUUUCGAUUCAAGGCGAAUGAACGAUAAGAUUGAAGAUGAAGAGAAAGAGAGACACCGUUGUUGUGCUGGCGACAUGCGAGGUAAACAGGCGCGCAAAGGUACUCGAAGGGCCGUAGGGUACGUAGCUUAAAUUGAUCGAAAUCGCGCGCAAUGUAGAACAGAGAGAGAGAUGUUUCGGAUGCGGCGAUCUGUAGCAAUUUAAGUUGCUCUGCGCACGGAUCGCCCGAGGAUUUUCGUGCGUCUGUGUACAUCCAGAGCAAUCAUAUCCGAGUAUCAAACACGCACAUAUUCGACAUAAAGAUUACCUACACACCCGCGUUCACCGGAAGUACGAGGAAUCCCCGUUAAUGAACGUUCCGUUUGGUCAGCCACGCCGACGAGUUGUUCUCCAGCGAACUGGAUGCAUACAUGUGUAUAUAACGCCACACGCAGAAACACGUACACACAUACAUACGUACAUACACAUACACACACAGGCGAGAUUGCGCUUGUGUGGCUCCAUACGAUCGAAGCUCCGAGCGCCCACGUCAUCGUUGCGUUUCUCAUUCCGAAGACUAAGAAUCAUCAUUAAACCAUCGUCCAUUAUCGCUACCAUCAUCGCGGACGACGAUCACCCGGCGUAACUCAUCAGUAUCGAAUCAUCUCCGGUGAUCGACCGGGCUCGAUUCGCGGACAACCCGCCGACAAUCCGCGCGGCGAUUGUGCGAUUCGGGUAUACGUUACAGCGCGUUGCCUCACGAAAUCCUGACAAUCCUGCUGACAUCAAUGCAUUGCGAGAAGUAAUCACGGAGGAUGUCGACUUGCAUCAAUCGCACCGUUCAAUUAGACAUAGAGAUAAAGAUCCAUGUACAUGACUUGCCUCGUCUUAAGGGUAGAUUCGCGCCUCAUUCACUAGCAUCGUGUCGCACGUACAUAGUUCACGAAAGCAGGAAGCUGAAGGCGCGAAUCUCUUUCUCGGAUCACGAUGAAGUUUCCUUAUGUGUUAUAGAGAGCGAUGUUUAUUCUACGAUUCGUUGAGGGUCUCGCAUCGGCGAGAUCUUGAAUAUCGUACGACCAAGAAAACCCGUGAUCGAGGUAGAUGCGGCUACCGCGAGCCUUGUUGAACUUGGAACAGCGUCGUCGAGGAGGAAAUGAGUCAGGUGGCCGCGCGCGCAAUUCAGCGCUAAUUGUGUGAUGAGAAAAAAAAGGGUUUCAAUUAUUUCUCGUUUACAUUUAUUCAAUUAGUUUGUACAUAUAUGUUGAGAGAAAGAGAGAAAAUAAAAAUUGAACGUAUGAAUGGUAUACGAAGCGCGAAUGAAUGCAGGAAAGGAGUGGAUGAGAGAGAAAAAGAGAGCGAGACAAAAGCAAAAUUGGAUGAGAGAGAUUGCCAGAGGGAUUUAGAUUUUGAAUGAUUAAUUAGUUGAUUAAGCGGGAGUAUUGUAAAAUGACGAGAGAGAGAGAGAGAGAGAGAGAAGAUAAAAGAGAGACGGACAAGAGGAGGACCUGUUAGAGCUAUAUCGUCGUUGAAUCAUUGCGCCAUGUGCCAUAUCAUCGCAUUAUCAUCGGAUAUAUAGCAGAUAUAUCAGAGAGAAAGGGACAGCACAGAGUUUAAAUAUUAUCUUUAAGUCGUAGCCAAAUGUACGGCCCUAUACAUAUGCAUAUACGUCUACAAUCUCGCGAGCGAGCGUGACGGAGAUGUUAAUUCACGAGUGAAAAUCCGGUGCAUUCCUUUACCAGCAUCCGUUUUGACUAACUGUGAUUUAUUGCUGCUCUCUAUUCGAGUGAUGCGACACGAAUCACGCGUGAAAGGGCGAGCGAAUGAAAGUAUUGUUGCGCGCUCCUACAAAACACUUUUUCAGAUAGAAAACACUGAAUGUCCCAUUAUAUAAUGGACACCGGGUACGCUUGUUGCGUAACUGAUAUUUAAUUUAAUAAAACGAUCUGUAAAGCC